AUGCUAGAGGAUUUGAGUUGCUACAACAUAUGUAUCUUGAAGUCCCAGUCCAAUGGGUCGGUCUCCAUUGUCUAUACCAUGAUUGGGGAUGUCUGCCUGUACAUUGUCAGCAAGGAUGAAUAUGAUGAGCUUGCUCUGUCGGAGGUGAUCUUUGCUGUUAUGUCGGCGGUGAAGGAUGUGUGCGCAAAACCACCCACCGAGCGCCUCUUCCUUGACAAGUACGGGAGGAUCUGCCCAUGCCUCGAUGAGAUCAUUUGGCAGGUGCCGCCGGAUAACACGGAGAAGGAUAAGGUUCAGAGGCUGAUCAGGCUCAAGCCUCCCGUGGAGCCAUGUUGUUUGAAUGCUUCUGCUGCUAGCCUCCUAGGCUGCUACUAG